GUGUGAGGGGAGCCCGGCACAAAAUGGCGGCGGGGGGGCGGGCGCUGCGCGCGGGGGGGGGCCGGCCGGUGACUGCCGCCGCCGCCCCGGGGCAGCGGGACGGGCCCCGCGGCUCUCGGUUGAACCGAUCGCGCUCUAGGGCGGUGCCACCUCCUGUUGUCUUCACCUCGGCCCGGCGCUGCGCGGCGCCGCGCUUCCCGGCCCCCGCAGCGGGGCCGCCGCCUCUUCCUCCUCCUUCUCCUCCUCCUUCUGAGGCGCCGCCGCCCGGGCCCCGGCGGGCUGAGAGCGGAGCGGGGAGGGCUGCGCCGCCGCCGUCGCUCCGUGCGGGCCCGGCUGGGGCGAGCAGGGCGGGAAGAUGGCGGCGGGCGGCGGAGGCGGCGGGCGGGCCUCGUCCUCCUCCUCCUCGGCCGCCGCCUCCUCGUCCUCGGCCGGCGCGCUGGAGGCCUCGCUCGACAGGAAGCUGCAGGCGGUGACCAACACCAUGGAGUCCAUCCAGGGCCUGUCCUCAUGGUGCCUGGAGAACAAGCGGCACCACAGCACCAUCGUCUACCACUGGAUGAAGUGGCUGCGCCGCUCUGCCUUUCCUCAUCGACUGAACCUCUUCUACUUGGCCAACGAUGUCAUACAGAACUGCAAGAGGAAGAACGCCAUCGUCUUUCGUGACACCUUUGCAGAAGUGCUCCCUGAAGCUGCUUCCUUGGUCAAGGAUCCAUCUGUAUCCAAAUCCAUUGAAAGGAUCUUCAAGAUCUGGGAGGACAGAAACGUGUACCCUGAGGAAACCAUCCUGGCUCUAAAAGAAGCUCUGAGUACCACUUUCAAAACUCAGAAGCAGCUGAAAGAAACUCUCAACAAACAACCGAAUAAGCCGUGGAAGAAAGCACAAACAUCCACCAACCCGAAAGCUGCUUUGAAGUCCAAGAUCGUUGCUGAAUUCAGGCCCCAGUCUCUCAUUGAUGAGUUGCUCUUGUACAAGCGCUCAGAAGACCAGAUAGAGCUGAAGGAGAAGCAGCUUUCCACCAUGAGGGUGGAUGUGUGCAGCACCGAAACACUGAAGUGUUUGAAAGAUAAAACAGGAGGGAAGAAGUUCUCCAAGGAAUUUGAAGAAGCAAGUUCAAAGCUGGAGGAGUUUGUCAAUGGCUUGGACAAGCAAGUGAAGAACGGCCCCUCUCUCACAGAGGCCCUGGAAAACGCUGGGAUAUUUUAUGAAGCUCAGUAUAAGGAAGUCAAGGUGGUAGCAAAUGCUUACAAAACAUUUGCCAACCGAGUGAGCAACCUAAAGAAGAAGCUUGACCAGUUGAAAGCAACGCUUCCCGAUCCGGAGGAGUCUCCUGUCCCUUCCCCAAGCAUGGAUGCACCAUCUCCAACAGGCUCUGAGUCCCCAUUCCAAGGGAUGGGAGAGGAGGAUAAUUCCCACUCGCCGGCGGUUGGAAGCCGUAAGACGGUGUCUCCAGAGCCUGUGACGGAUAACCGGGAUGUGGAGGACAUGGAGCUCUCUGAUGUGGAGGAUGAUACGUCUAAAAUCAUCGUGGAAGAGAGGAAGGAGAAGCAAACAGCUCCAGCACCCAGCAAGGCUGAAAGCGUCCCCAAGGCGGUGCCGUGCACCACUGCAGCAGCCAGCACGUCGGUGACGGUGACACCACCAGCCCAGACCCCUCCAACCCCUCCAGCUCCAAAGGCAGCGAGCGCGGCACCCGGCCCCCCGGCCCCAGCUCUUGCCCUGCCCAACCUGGCCAACGUGGACCUGGCCAAGAUCAGCUCCAUCCUCAGCAGCUUGACUUCAGUGAUGAAGAACACAGGUGUCAGUCCGGCCUCCAGGCCUUCUCCAGGAACCCCAACGAGCCCCACCGCUCUCACUAGUGGCCUGAAGACUCCUGUCCUGGGGACUCCAGCUGCUCCUUCCAAUCCUUUAGCAAAUAUCCUCUCCAAAGUGGAAAUUACUCCAGAAAGUAUUUUGUCAGCUCUGUCCAAAACCCAGACUCAGGCGGCGCCGGCGUUGCAAGGUUUGUCAUCCCUGCUCCAGAGCGUGGCUGGAAGCUCCGUUCAGUCCAGUGAAGCCUCCUCGCAGAGCACUGCAGCCUCUCCAGCCAACACGACUGUUCCUUGCGGGAAGGGCAGGAAUGUUCCUCCCAACACUCAGUCUUUUAUAUCCAAAAGCUUUGGUUAUUCUCCAAACUCAUCUACUGCUGAGGUCUCCUCCACCUCAGUUAACAAAGCCCCCGUUGGACACACCACAGGCCUGCCCAGCUCCAGUUUUAAGCCACCAACCAAUUCCUUGGGCUUUUCCAGCUCCCACCCCACCAGCCCUUCAUCCCUUUUGCCAACAGAAACCUCUCUGGCUCAACCCUCUGAAAUUCCCAAAGCAAAGCUGGAAUCGGAGCCGCCUUCUCCCAGCCUGGAGAUGAAGAUCCACAACUUCCUGAAGGGAAAUCCUGGUUUUAGUGGCCUCAACUUGAAUAUUCCCAUCCUCAGCAGCUUAGGAUCCAGCAUGGCAACGGAAAGCCAUGCGGCCGACUUCCAGCGGGGUCCCACCAGCACUUCCAUGGACAAUGUGGAUGGAACGCCGGUGCGCGACGAGCGGAGCGGGACACCCACCCAGGACGAGAUGAUGGAUAAACCAACCUCCAGCAACGUGGACACCAUUUCCCUGCUGUCCAAAAUCAUGAGCCCGGGUUCUUCUACUCCCAGCAGCACCAGGUCCCCUCUCCAGAGCCGGGAUGAUGGGUAUUCCCAAGAGCUUUCCAGCUCUGUGCACACCUACCGCCCCUUCGGGCUUGGUAGAGAGUCUCCAGCCGGGCUGUACAAGCAGCCUGCAGACAGCAUGGAGAUCCCUUCCUCCUUGAUGGACUCCUCCCAGGAGAAGUUCUACCCGGACACCUCUUUCCAAGAGGAUGAGGAUUACCGUGACUUCGAUUACUCGGGGCCGCCGCCGUCGGCCAUGCUGAACCUGGAGAAGAAGCCCACCAAAUCCAUCCUGAAGUCAAGCAAACUCUCCGAGGCUGCAGAAUAUCAGCCAGUCCUGUCCAGCUACGGCCAGAGGUCGCAGGAGUUUGGGGUGAAGUCCCCUUUCCCUCAAUCCAUGAGGUCCAUCCUCGAGCAGAGCGAGAGCUGCGACCCGCUGGCCGGAUCCCCGGGGCUCUAUGGGAGCUACAGCCUCCGGGGGAACGAUUCCACCUCGGAUGGAUCCCCCUCUCCCAGUAAGAACGACGUGUUCUUCACCCCGGACUCCAACCACAACACCCUGCCCAAGCCGGUGGUGCAUUCCGGCCUGGCACAGAAGCAAUUCCCGGACUCUCCCCACUCCCUUCCCCACCGUUCCCUUUUCUCCUCUCAAAACACCCUUUCCAGCGUGGAGAAACCAUUGGGUUCGUCCAUUUCCACCACGUCCACCAUGGAGUUCAAGAACAUGCUCAAAAACGCCUCCCGUAAACCCUCCGAGGAGAAGCAUUUUGGUCAGAUCCCCAAAUCCAGCUCUGGUGACAGUGUGAGCUUGGCUGGAGAUCCCAAAGGAAAACCACAACCACAGGAGGAGCACUACCGCAUCGAGACCAGGGUCUCCUCCUCCUGCUUGGACUUACCCGACAGCACCGAGGAGAAAGGGGCUCCCAUUGAAACACUGGGAUACCACAACGCUUCCAGCAGGGGAAUGUCGGGAGAACCCAUCCAGACGGUGGAAUCCAUCCGGGUGCUGGGCAAAGGGAACAGAGGCCACGGGCGAGAGGCGAGCAGAGGCUGGUUUGAGAUGAGCAGCGGCGGCAGUGCCUUCGACAACGGGCCCUCGGGCAGCUCGGAGCUUCCCGCCAUCGCGGCGUUCCCAACUCCGUACAAGGAGCACGUGGCGCCGCCACCGCCCUUCCCGGAGAGCGUCAACAACUUCCGAACCAACAACUUCAGCCCUGCCUUUGAGCACCACAUGGCGCCGCCGCCGCUCGCGCCGCCUCCCCUGGAGCACGGGACUCCCUUCCCGCGGGAGCCGGUCCCCCCGGCUGCUCCCGCCAAGGACCACGGUGGCUUAUUCCCAAGGGAUCACCCCGUCCCUCCCCGCAUGCCGGCGGUGGAUCACAACAACCCCUUCUCGAAGGAACCCUCCGCUCCGCUCUCGCUGCCCCCGCCCGUGGAGCACACCGGGGUCCCCUUCCCCGCUCCCCCUCCGCCCCCCGUUCCCGGGGAUCAUCCCAGCGUCCCCUUCCCAACCCAGCCUCCAGCAUCCGGGGAGCACGGUGGUGUCCCCUUCCCCGCGCCGCCGCCCAUGGAGCACGGCCCGCUCCACCAAGGGACGCUCAAGGAGCAUUUCUCCGUGCACGCCGCAUCCCGGGAGCCAGGGGCUCAGCCCCAGCAGCGGGAUCACACCCCGGCUCCCUUAGCCCGCUCUCGGGAAGCCGUGGGAAUGACGCCCCUCUCCAGGGAGCCCCUGGGGGCAGCGCGGGGUUUGGGCCCCUCCAGUCACCGGGACACUGGUGGCCGCGGGGGGGUCUUGGUGAGGACCCCCCGCACCGAGUUCAGGCCGAGGGAGCCCUUUGUGAGCAGAGACCCCUUCCAUAGCCUGAAACGGCCCCGCCCCCCCUUCGGCAGGGGGGGGGCCCCCUUCUUCACCCCAAAACGCCCCUUCUUCCCCCCCAGGUACUGAGGCAGCCGCCCCGCGCGCAGGCACCCGCGUGCUGUCGAGAGCAGCGCUUUUCACUUGGGUUUUUUUUCCCUACAUUUCCCACUUUUCCCUCUUCUUUUCUCUUGCCCUCGAGAGCCCCCGAACCUCUAAAUUAAAUACUCUGUAAUUUUAUGUUCUUUUCUUUUCCAAUUUUCCCUUUUUUUUUUCUUUCCCCUCCCCCCCCCCCCUUUUCAUUUCUGGCCCCGAACCCCCCCGUUUGGUGCAGAACGAAGAGCAGGAGAAAAGCCUUUUCACGACCCAGAGCUUUGCGGCUGGAAGGAAACCUUCCGCGAGGAGCGAAAAGCGGUAACGUUCAGGCACAAAAAGACCCAAAAAGAGGAAAAGAAGAGGAAAGGAAGGUUCCAGCAGUGCUUUUCUAGCCCCAGGCGCUGCCAGGGGGAGGAGCGAAGGGUCCCGGCGCCACUUUCAGCCCCCUUAGAAAGGCCAAACCCCUUCCCCUCGUGGUGCUGAGCUCCACCGGUUCAGUCCCGUCCCCCCCCCAUGGCCCAAACUGCAGCUGGUGGCUUUGGUUUCCCUUCUCUUGAAUUCUUUCCCUUCUUCGCCUUUGUACCUGGGUGUAUAUAAGAACAAGAAUCACUUUUUAAUUGCCCUCUCGACGCGCAGACGGAGCCUGACAAGGCCCCCCCUCCCCCCCGGCGGCUUUUAUAUGAAGUUGGGAUUUUACUUGAUUUUCUCUUUUUUUUUUUGGUUGUUUUUUGGGUUGGUUUUUAGUUGCUAGAAUCCAUCAUUCUGUUUGAUAAAGGUGUAGGGUUCAAUAUCGACAUAAAAACUACAAAACA